UGCCUGACGAGACUUCCCCCCGGGCUCCGCCUCUUCUGCGCCUGCGCGCCGGAAGCCCUCCACCCCGGCCUCUGCCGGCGGACUUUCUCGGGGCCGGUGGGCGCCACGCCGCCGCCACUAGGCCUCAGGCCUCGCUAUCCGCCCCUUCCUUCCCUUCUUUCCCCUCAGCUCUCCUUCCGCGCCGGCCGGCCCUGGCGCCGCUCUUCCCCGCGGCCGGUCCGCUCUCGCUCCCUCUGCUUCUGCUCCUUCCGCGCCGAGCCCGACGGUGGGCGCCCGGCCCGCACGCCUCCACCACGCCGCCGCCCUCGCCUCCCUCGCCCGCCCGCCUCCUCCUCCGCUCCGCCGCCGCCAUGCCGGGCCCCGCCGCAGGGAGCCGCGCCCGCGUCUACGCCGAGGUCAACAGCCUCCGCAGCCGGGAGUACUGGGACUACGAGGCGCACCUCCCCGCCUGGGGGAAUCAAGACGAUUAUCAGCUCGUUCGGAAGCUUGGCCGGGGGAAAUAUAGCGAAGUCUUUGAGGCUAUAAACAUCACCAACAACGAGCGAGUGGUGGUAAAAAUCCUUAAGCCAGUGAAGAAAAAGAAGAUAAAACGGGAGGUGAAGAUUUUGGAAAACCUGCGCGGCGGAACCAACAUCAUCAAGCUGGUUGACACCGUCCGGGAUCCAGUGUCAAAGACCCCCGCUCUGGUGUUUGAAUACAUCAAUAACACAGAUUUCAAGCAACUGUACCAGAUCCUGACAGACUUUGAUAUUCGGUUUUAUAUGUACGAAUUGCUCAAGGCCUUGGAUUACUGUCACAGCAUGGGCAUCAUGCAUAGAGAUGUCAAACCUCAUAACGUCAUGAUAGACCACCAACAGAAAAAGCUGCGCCUCAUAGACUGGGGCUUGGCUGAGUUCUACCAUCCUGCUCAGGAAUACAAUGUCCGCGUCGCCUCGAGGUACUUCAAAGGCCCGGAGCUCCUCGUGGAUUACCAAAUGUACGACUAUAGCCUAGACAUGUGGAGCUUAGGCUGUAUGCUGGCCAGCAUGAUCUUCCGGAAAGAGCCCUUUUUCCACGGUCAAGACAACUAUGACCAGUUGGUCCGCAUCGCAAAGGUCCUGGGUACGGACGAGUUAUAUGGUUAUCUGAAGAAGUACCACAUAGAACUGGACCCACACUUCAAUGAUAUCCUGGGGCAGCAUUCUCGGAAGCGCUGGGAGAACUUCAUUCACAAUGAAAACAGACACCUUGUCAGCCCUGAAGUCUUGGACCUUCUGGACAAACUCCUGCGAUACGACCAUCAACAGAGGUUGACUGCCAAAGAAGCUAUGGAGCACCCUUAUUUCUACCCGGUGGUGAAGGAGCAGGUCCAGCAGCAGCCCAGUUUGGACAGCCCUGUCCUCUCCAGCAGCCUGACCGCCGCCCGAUGAAGUUUGGGGGAACGGCGACACAGACGACGACGACGACGGGUAAUUCCAGCGGUUUACAAAUGCCAGGCGCACGAGACCCCCCUCCGGCCACCUGGGGAAGGAAAGGCAGGGAGCGAACAGACCCCCGUAUCCACAGCCUGGCCUCGGAAGGGCAGGGCGGCCCUCCCGCUUCCUCCCUUCCGCUCUCUCUCUCUCUCUCUCUCUCUUUCUUUCUUUCUUUCUUUCUCUCUCUUUCUCAGCCCAGCACUUAACGGCUCCCCCUUCUUAAACUCUCUCUCUGUGUGUGUUACACCAAAGUCCUGAUCCAAACGGUUGUGUGCGAUGCGGAUCCGAGGGCGAGGGACUCCGAAACCAGCUCCCGCCGUCGCCUCUCCCUCCUCUUCUACCUUUGUAUUUUUUUCUCCCGCUGGGCCGGCUCCUGGUUUCUUCCUUGCGCCCAAAACGGGUGAAACGUGAGCCGGUGAUGCCGAGCCUCUUUACGGGAACGCAUCGCGGCCAUUCCUCUCUCUGGUUUUGGGCCUAAAGUUUUGAGUCAAUCAUUGGCGCCGAAACGCAUUUGAGAGGCAGCUGACGUCGGGGGAGCUACGCUUUGGAAACCGCCCCCCCCCCCCCUCUCUUCGUUUUCCCAGCCCCCCUCUUCCUUUUCUCCUUAUGGGAAGUGCCUGCCUUUUGCCACGAGGGGAGGAAGGUCGGUCAGUCGGUCGGUCGGUGGAUCCUUCGAGGUGGGAAAGCGUGCUUCCGUUCCGAUCGAUAGGAAAAGCCCACCCGGGGGCACCUUUGAGGCGUCGCUUUUGCCACAGGCGUGGAAGAAGAAAGAAGAAGCAGCAAAGAGGAAGCCUAUUCUUUUUUGGAAGGAAGCAAAGACACCAGCUGGAAGUACAGGGAGCGGCGAUCCAGACCCGUUCUCCGGAGCGUUUUCCACACAUCCUUGGAUUUCCGGCCCUUGGAUUCGGAGCAGGAUCCGCUCCUUUGUGUGGGAUGCUGCCCCUUCCCGUGGUUUCCUUCCUCUUCUUCUGUUGGGUCUCUUCCAAGCCCCCCAUAGUUCAACCCCACCUUUUUUUUUUUUUUUUGGAGGGGGAAACAUAUUUUGUGAUCUUGUUGACGUCAUAAACCUGAAAAUACACCGUUUUAUUUUUUUGUUUUUGGGUCACCAUGCCUGAAGGCGGGGUGUUUUUUUUCCCUAUCUUUCUUUCUCCUUAUUAUUACAUUGUCGAGUAUUUAAUUUUAAGAAAUGGAGGUUUAGACUGUUUCUAUUUUCGAAGCAUCUGUUUACAUUCCACAUCCCAAUAAAUAACAACAUGUUAGCAUUGAUAUCAGGUCAGAUCCAUUUGUACAAUUCACUGGAACCAAUAAAUCUCUCUAUGUACAAA